AUGGCACCCCCAACUCGGCCACCAAGGCACGUCCUUGGAAAACAACCCUUGCCACCACCACCACUACUUUCAGGUGGUGCAGGUCAAGAAGGUCGAUGGAGGAUCAGAAAGACGCCUCCGGCAAUGCAGGAGGAACCUGCAGAAACUGAUGGACAACGGUUGAAGAGAAUCGUGAUCAACCGGGAGCCGACUAUUGAGGCAAAGGAGGAGAAGAGGUGUGUCUCUGUUCGAGCUUGA